AUGAAACUACAUACUGGUUUGCAUAUUUUAUUAACAAUCUUCACACUUAUUUCUAGUGCAAACUUCUUGCGCAGUGAUUCAUCUAUAAAUACAGUUGAAGAUUUUCUUGAUACACUUAUCAAUUCAAGUCAUUAUGAUAGACGUAUUCGGCCAUUUUUUGACCAACAUAAAGCAUGUAAUGUGACUAUGACUAUUCAUAUUAAUACAAUUUCAGCUAUCAAUGAAGUUAACAUGGAUUAUAAUACAGAUUUAAUUUUUCGUCAAUCAUGGUAUGACCCCAGAUUGAAUUAUUCUGGUACAGAAUGGGCAAAAAGAUCACCAGAGAUUACAUUACAUUAUUCACUUAUUGAUCGUAUUUGGGUGCCUGAUUCAUUUUUUCGUAAUGCUAAAGAAGGUAAACGUAGUGAUAUAACAGUACCUAAUCGAUUGAUUCGCAUUCAUCGUGAUGGAAAAGUACUUUAUAGUCAAAGACUUUUACUUAAACUUGAUUGUCAAAUGAAAUUACAAAAAUUUCCACUUGAUAACCAAACAUGCGUGGUUAAUAUUGGCAGUUAUGCUUUUGCCACAAAUGAUUUAGCAUUUUAUUGGGAUGAAACUCCUAAUACAAGUGCUAUUCGAGUUAAUGAAGAUCUUGAAAUGCCUGAUUUCGUAUUAAGUAAUUUUGAACAAAGAUAUUGCAAUCGAACAACAGCAACAGGUUAG